UUGCAGCCAAGUGGUUGCGGUAAGAUACUAACAGCAACCAACUCGUAUCGAGCGCUCGAAGAUGUCGUAGGUGAAAGAGGUUUACUUCACGGAAAGGACGAAUUCAAAAUGUGCAACUAUUGGAUUAAGGGACCAGUUGGGUCAAAGAUCGAAGUAGUGUUUGUUAGCUAUACAGAUCGCGUGGCUACCGACGGUUGUCGGUUUGCUGGAGUUGAAAUUAAAGCGGGAAGCGACAAACGUCUUACUGGUUACAGGUAG